UCAAGGAAUAAAGACGUCGUCGUCGCCCGGUCUGUAUGAGUGAGUGCGUGGUGGACGACUCAACGAGUUGCAUCUCGCAGCAGCAGCAGCAGCACAGUGUUCUCUCGACUCGACCACGCUGCCGCCCUCCAAUGGGUUGCGGCUUUUCUUUUUUGGCUACCGACUAACGGACAAACGUCGCUCGCUUGACGAAGAAAGACAUCGGCGAGGUGCUGCAGAGUGCAGAGGACCCAAUCCAUACCGUUGGUCGCUGGUGGCGCGUCAGUCAAGAUUUUGCGGUCUCCGUCGAUGGUUGGAGCGCGCCGUGGACAGAACAGAACCAGAAGCGCGCCCUCGGGGUUCCAAAUCGAUUUAUCCGCAGAACGGAUGAAGACGACAAAAUUGACGCUGGUCAUGGUUGAGUCUUGAGUCCGCUGACGGUGAAUACGAGUGUUGUUUAUGGUUUGGCAUGAUGGGCUAAUGCGCCAUGUGAGUGAAAACGGGGGAAAUUCUUCUGUCGUGAACGACAUAAAACGAAAUUGGUUCUUCCGGUCAUUUAGAGCAGUCGUCGGUUCACCGAAAGCGACAGGCGUCGUUAAGUGAUCGAUCAUACAGAAUUACGGUGAUUUAAACAGUGGAAAAAGUUGUUUACCGAAAAAUAUGGAACGUGAUUUCAGAAGAAAGUAAAUGGAAGUGUGGAAUAUGCUUGAAUAUAAUCCAGUACUGGGCAGUGGGAAGAUGCAGUAAACCUAAUGUUUUUAGAUGAUAUCAUCUAGAUUAUGGAAGUCGCCAGUUUAUAAAAGUGUUAUGCAUUUAACAAUCUGAUGUAAGAAGCAAAUUAAGUGAUUUGGAAAACAAAUACAUACGAGUGUCCGGAUUUAAUCAAAGUGCGACAAAGUUUAAAUGAUAAAUCAUUGAAAAGUGGUAGAUUUACACUUUGAAGUUCACGUUUCAGAAUAAGUGAUGAAAUAAUAAUUCAAAAGAUGGAUCGCUGCUCCCCGUCUUCUGGUACCUGUUGCAUGCCAAUAAAAUCCACCCCAUGAAAAGACAGCAGUACAGUUCGAGCUCUAAAGGUGGCAUGGAACAAUGCUGUCACUCGUUGUCUGGGCUUACCUUCGCCAUUACGCCACCACACAUUUGCUUGAGCAACAUUCCAGCCUCAACGAACCUCAGCAAGAAUUCCUCGAUAAGCUCGGGACCCACUUGGACACCCACCAUCAUGUCGCUACCGUGCAAGGCAACCAGAGUCAUCAAUAUUGGCGUAAUGAUACCACCACUUCUGGCUGCAGAGUGAAUUUGACCUCGUUCUUCCGUCAUAUCCCGCUGAGUGCUCGACGAGGUGUCAACUUGUGGACUUGGGUGGACUUGGGCGGCUGGAUUGGGGUCGUAAAUCUUAAUCACUGCUGUGCCGCCAACGAGGGUCCUGCUUCUACUAUUAUGAGAUUUGGUGAUAACAGCAGCAAUUUGUCGUCGUUGCUAACCGAACAGAGUGCUAACAUUGAAGUGAGUGCCGCAGGAAGCACUUCCGGUGGUCAGGUGUCGUCUUUGGUGGAUCACGUCGCCUCCGCCACGAGUGCCACGAGUGCUAGUGAGACAAACAUUAACGACAGUGUGGUGGGUGUAGUUGGGCGUCCUUCCGGUGUCGGUGGGGCAGAGGAUGCGUUUAGUAUGAACAUCACUCCGGCACUUUCUCAGGUUUUAUUAGCGCCAACCUCGGCGAGCGGUUCCGGAGCCAUCAUAUCGGUUGCUGCUGCCACGGUCACCAAAGUCGGUCCUGCCAAUGACAACGUGACGAGUGAGGAGAUAAAUUCAUUUUAUUUUUAUGAGCAUAUUUUUUUUUCUUUCCAGACUGAACAAUUUGCAGUAUUAUGGGCACUUUUCACCGUGAUUGUGCUGGGAAACUCGGCCGUGCUGGUCACGCUGCUGCUGAACAAGAACCGCAAGUCCCGAAUGAACUUCUUCAUCAAACAGUUGGCGAUAGCAGAUUUAUGCGUGGGUUUGCUCAGCGUGCUGACGGAUAUUAUUUGGCGGAUGACGGUAUCCUGGAAGGCCGGAAACGUCGCUUGCAAGGCAAUCCGCUUCGCCCAGGCCAGCGUCACCUACGCAUCAACCUAUGUCCUGGUGGCUCUCAGCAUCGACCGGUACGAUGCCAUCACGCAUCCGAUGAACUUCUCCGGCUGUUGGAAUCGCGCACGUCGGUUGGUAGCAGCAGCCUGGAGUUUAAGUGCACUUUUCUCACUUCCAAUUUUUUAUCUCUAUCAGGAGAAAUCAAUACAGGGAAGGAAACAGUGCUGGAUUGACCUGGGCGAGGCUUGGCGGUGGCAGGUUUACAUGUGCUGGGUGGCCAGUUCCCUGUUUGUCCUGCCAGCACUGAUCAUCUCAGCAUGUUAUGCAAUCAUCGUCAAGACAAUUUGGGCCAAGGGAGCAAUUAUGGGACCAAUCGAUCGAACUCGAAAUGGAAUGGCAGAUUUAGCCAGCAGACGGGCGAGCUCCAGGGGCAUCAUUCCAAAGGCAAAAGUAAAAACAGUCAAGAUGACUAUUGUGAUAGUGAUAGUAUUCGUCCUCUGCUGGUCGCCGUACAUCGUGUUUGACCUGUUGCAAGUGUUUGGCCAGAUUCCGGACACGCAAACCAAUAUUGCGAUUGCAACGUUUAUCCAAAGCCUGGCGCCGCUCAACUCGGCUGCCAACCCACUCAUCUACUGUCUCUUCUCGACGCAAGUGUGUCGAAUGAUAAAACGACUUCCCCCAUUUCGGUGGCUGCUGUCUUCGGAAUGGUGCUGUAAAAACCCGGACGGUUCCUCGGGCCGAGGUCCACUUCGCAACGGUAUGGUGCUAAACGGGGGCCAAAGGCUGCAGAACAACAACAGUAGCGACUCGAUGCGAACGUUGACCACCUCGCUGACGAUUUCACAGCGGUCCUGCAUCAGGCCAUCGCGGGUCGUCAUCGUCGAGCGACCGAAAGUUGCCCUCGCCAUGUCCGAAGUUUGAAACACCGCUAUUGCUAUUGCUAUAUUGCAUAUAUGUAUAAGUUUUUAAAUGGCGGUCGGGUCACCGCCGCCAAUUGUACUGUCUAAUAGAGUUUAAGUAUUUAUUGACGUGUAAAUAUAGGAAACUUGCUGCCGCAACGCUCGGCGAAGACUGGUUCGGAAAAUGGAAGAUCAGCGCGUGUUGAACUAAAUGAAUGAAUAAAAUGAAAAUGCGGUGAUGCUGACUAAUUGUGUUGUAGGUGUAAUAAAUGCGAAGAAAAUUAGAUCUGUUUUUUUUUAGAAAAGUCCAACAAACAUUUAGGUUUUUGAUUGAAAGAGAGAACGUUCAUGUAUGACUUCAAAACAGCAUCGAAAAUGUAUGAAAUAUCGGUCGAUAUUAGUUGGAUAAACUACGCAUUAUGUUUUACCAAUAAAUUUAUUUGAGGCUCAAUCGAACUACGCAUUCGAUACUCUAUAAGUUAAAAUAAUUAAAGGGCCGUGAAACGGGGUAUCCUUGACAAUGCGGGUAGUUUCAAUAGUACAUCUUAGUCACUUACUUUUGACAGCUUAUUUAUACAGUGAAACCUCCAUGAGUCGAUGAUCCAUGACUCGAUAUCGUCUCAUG